AUGCCCGCGGCCACUAUAGAGGCGGAUGUAGAGAUGUCCCCGCCUGGGAGCCGGAGGAGCCGCUCCAUGGAGCAACAGCUGAUGUCCAGGCUUGUCCAGUCCCUUGACAUCGACGCCAUCCAUCGUCCGGGACCAACGACGGACAAGUUCUACAACGUUGUCCAUGGAGAGCAGUCGACAUCGAUCGUUCUGCUGCUCAUAACCACCCUUUGGCAAGCGAUGAUGCAGCCCUGGGACUUGCCCUCUCACCUGCAACCCACGUCCAGGAGGAUCGUGCCAAGGAACUACCAGCAUCUUCUGGCCUUGGUGUUUGCUGUCAAGGAGAUUAAUGAGGAUUCAAUGAUCUUGCCAAAUGUCACCUUGGGAUUCCACAUCUAUGACAGUUACAUCAAUGAAAAGUUGACCUAUCAGGCUACUCUGCAGCUUCUUUCUGCACAUUCGGGUUUUGUACCCAAUUACAGUUGUGGCACCCAAAAAAGAUUGGUAGCAGUUGUUGGUGGACUUGACUUUGAAACAUCCUUCCACAUGGCAGCCAUCUUGGGCAUCUACAAAAUCCCUCAGGUCAGUUAUGGAUCCUUUGCUCCAGAAGAGAGUGAUCAGAUGCAGUCCAUCCCCUUCUACCGGACAGUCUCAAAUGAAGUGUACCAGUACAUUGGUAUUCUUGAGAUACUUCUUCAUUUUGGAUGGACAUGGGUUGGAGUCCUUGUUGCAAAUGAAGAGAGUGGUGAGAGAUUUAUACAGACCCUGCAGCCUCUGCUUUCCCAAAAGGGUAUUUGCUUUGCCUUCUCAGAGAGACCCUUCAAAACCAAUUACUUUCAAGACUAUUAUGAAGAGCAAUCCCGGUGGUUGCAGCUGUAUCAAGUUCUUGUGAAGAGCCAAGCAAAUGUUGUUGUCGUCUAUGGAAAAAACAAGGACAUGAUUGCUUUGCGAGCAUUGCUCGCAGUAGGUGAGCUGGAAAAUAUGCCCACUACAUCUGUAGGCAAGGUAUGGAUUAUGACUGUUCAGCUGGAUUUUGCAGCAUUGACCCUACCAGUGAGUUGGGAUAUGCAAGUCUUCCAUGGUUCCAUCUCCUUUGCAGCUCAUUCAAAAGAGGUGCAAGGAUUCAAAGUCUUUCUUCAGCUCAGAAAUCCUUUUCAGGUGAAUGAAGAUGGUUUCCUUGAGCAAUUCUGGGCAGAGACAUUUUUCUGUUUUUUUCCAAAAUCCAGUGCAGAGAUGCAAACCAGUGAAGCCUGCACUGGAAAGGAGAAGCUAGACCAUCUCCCUUCAUCUGCUUUUGAGAUGAGCAUGACUGGCCACAGCUACAGUGUCUACAAUGGUGUCUAUGCUGUGGCACAUGCUUUACAUAGCAUGUACCUAUUCAAAUCUAAACCCAGAGGAAGAACAGAAGGUGGGCAAAUGAAACUUCAGGAUUUGGAGCCUUGGCAGCUCUACUCCUUUCUUAAGAGCAUCUCCUUUAACAACAGUGCAGGGGAGACUGUAUAUUUUGGUGGGAAUAUGGAAUUAGAAGCAGGUUUUGAUAUUAUUAGUUUGGUGGUUUUUCCAAACAAUUCCUUCAUGAGAAUCAAAAUUGGAAUGGUAGAUCUGAAGACUCCCCCAGGCAAGGAAUUUUUCAUUGAUGAGGACAGAAUGGUGUGGCACAGAAGCUUUGGCCAGGUUCCACCCAUUUCUGAAUGUAACAAAAAAUGCCUUCCUGGUUCCAGCAGAAAAAAGAGGGAAGGGGAGAAAUUCUGCUGCUAUGAUUGUGCUCCAUGCCCACAAGGCAAAAUUGCAUCCCAGAAGGACAUGGAUUACUGUGUCGGGUGCUCAGAAGACCAAUAUCCAAAUAAGGACCAAUCACAAUGCAUUCCAAAGAGACGAAGUUUCCUAUCUUUUAAAGAGCCUUUGGGGAUGAGCUUGACUUUUUUUGCUCUUUGUUUUUCUCUGCUGACUGCCUUGGUCCUCACCAUCUUUGUUAAGCAUCAAAAGACACCAGUUGUGAAAGCCAACAAUCAGAAUCUAACCUACACUCUACUCAUCUCCCUCCUGCUCUGCUUUCUCUCUUCUUUUUUCUUCCUCAGCCCACCAGAGAAAAUGAUUUGUCUUCUUCGACAAAUUGCUUUUGCCAUCAUUUUCACAGUGACCAUUUCUUGUGUGCUGGCCAAAACUGCCAUUGUGGUUCUGGCCUUUGUGGCCACCAAACCAGGCUCCAGAAUGAGAAAAUGGGUGGGGAAAAGACUGGCUAGCUCCAUUGUCUGUUACUGCUCCAUUAUGCAAGUAGGCUUGUGUACCAUAUGGCUUGGAACCUCUCCCCCAUUCCCUGAUUCUGACAUGCAUUCCAUGGUGGGAGAAAUCAUACUAGAAUGUAACGAAGGGUCAAUCGCCAUGCUUUACUGUGUCCUGGGCUACAUGGGCUUCCUGGCCAUUGUCAGCUUCAUUGUGGCAUUUUUAGCCAGGAAACUGCCCAACAGCUUUAAUGAGGCCAAGUUUAUCACCUUCAGCAUGUUAGUGUUUUGCAGUGUUUGGGUGUCCUUUGUUCCUGUCUACCUGAGCACCAAGGGGAAAUCCAUGGUGGCUGUGGAGAUCUUCUCCAUGUUGGCCUCCAGUGCUAGCAUACUAGGUUUCAUCUUUGCCCCUAAAUGUUACGUUAUUGUGCUGAAACCCGAUCAGAAUGUCAGACAGAGAUUAAUGCGAAAUGUAAAUUAA